AAAACGUGGGUUUGCGAUGGCUAUCAGGACUGCCCAAAUGGAGAAGACGAAUCAAAAUGUCAAAUAGUUUGUGAUGAAUCCACAUUUCCGUGUAGCGGAAUAAAAGUCAACAGCACCGCGACCGAAUUCUGCAUUAACAAAAAACAUCGAUGUGAUGGACAGCAAGACUGUCCCAAAGGGGAUGAUGAAAAAGACUGUCCUACUAAAAGAGAAUGUGAGCAUGGCACGAAGUGCGAGCAAGUUUGCAUCACGACAUCUGAUAAAAAGAAAGGUUGUUCGUGUUACGUCGGAUACAAAUUAGCCAGCGACAAUUACACUUGUGAAGAUAUCAAUGAGUGCAUGUACGCUACAGAUCCCGUGUGUUCUCAGACUUGCAAUAAUACCAUUGGCAGUUUUAAAUGCGGCUGUAUGACGGGGUACGUACUUAGGCCAGACUUGAGAACCUGCAAAGCAGUAGGAGCGCCACCAACACUUCUAUUCGCUAACAGAAUAGACAUUCGACAGGUUUCCUUAAGCAAUGCAAAAUACACUACAUUAAUGAAGGGCCUUCACAACGCUAUAUCCCUAGACUAUCAUUACGAAAAAGAUUACAUCUUCUGGUCCGAUGUGUCUAUAGAUGUCAUUAGAAGAGCCUACAUCAAUGGCAGUGACAUUACAGAUAUCAUCAACUCCGGGCUGGAGGCACCUGGAGGGGUAGCCAUAGACUGGAUCCACAAUCUCAUUUUCUGGACAGAUUCCGGUACACGAAGGAUUGAAGUGGCAACCCUAGAUGGCCAACAGAGAGCAAUAUUAGUAGCGAGUGAGGUGGAUAAACCUAGAGCUAUAGCUGUUCAUCCAGGGGAGGCUUUGGUCUUCUGGACUGACUGGGGACCGAAUCCGAAAAUAGAAAGGUCCGAAAUGGAUGGUUUCAACAGGCGGAGCAUCAUCACAGAGUCCGUGUUUUGGCCCAAUGGUCUCACCAUAGAUUACACUUCUAACCAAGUCUACUGGGCUGAUGCUAAGCACAACGUCAUCGAAACCUCGAUGUUGGACGGCACCAACAGGAAAAAGGUCAUUAGCAAAGGGCUUCCCCACCCUUUCGCACUUACGAUUUUCGAAGACGCUAUUUUCUGGACAGACUGGCACACGAAGUCAAUUUCUACGGCCAACAAGGCUACUGGAGCUGGGCUGCAUACCAUUCAUUCUCGACUUCAUUUCCCUAUGGACAUCCACACAUACCAUCCUCAAAGGCAGCCUAAGUAUCGAAAUCGUUGUGGACCUACAAACGGAGGUUGCGCUCAUAUGUGUUUACCAAAUGCGAAGACUUUCACGUGUAUGUGUCGUAUGGGUCAAAAGUUGAAAUCCGAUAAGAGAAAUUGUCAGAAACCUGAAAAAUUUCUACUGUUCGCCAGAAAAAAAGAUCUCAGAAUGAAAUAUCUGGAUGGAAGUUCACAACAUCAGUACGAGAUGAUUCUUUGA